UUUUCUCCUGCAUGGUGAAAAGGAGGAUUUCUUGGCUCCAUCUUCCAAGUUACGAACGUGCUCUUGGUCAGAGUGCAGUCCCCGCUUGCACUGCGGGGUUGCUUCCUUGCUGCACUGAGCUGCACCUGCCGCCCACGGCCCCGGAGCGCGUCGCCGGGCGCGCAGCUUGCAGAGCUCACGCGGCCCGAGUCCCGGGCCCAACCGUCUGUAGCCAGGUCUUGCCCAGCAGCGAUGGGGGCGUCGGGGAGGCUCCUGCACACGGUGAUCCCCGGCGCCCGGGGCUCCGGCAAGACACCCUGGCUUUGCGCAUCACCAAACACUUCCGGCUGAAAAAGUUCUCCAGCGGGGACCUGAUCCGAGAAAACAUGCUGAGGGACACAGAGAUCGUUGUGCUUGCCAAGGUUUUCAUGGACCAGGGGAAGCUCAUCCCGGACGACGUCAUGACCCGGGUGACCCUUCACCAGCUGGAAAAUUUCAGCCAGGAGAGCUGGCUGUUGUGUGGUUUCCCCAGAACACUACGACAAGCUGAGGCCCUGGAUAGAGUUUAUCAGAUACACCUGGUGUUGAACCUGAACGUGCCCUCUGAGGUCAUCCAGCAACGCCUCUCUGCUCGCUGGAUUCAUCCAGGCAGUGGGCGCGUCUACAACCUCGAAUUCAAACCUCCCAAAGUGGUUGGCGUGGACGAUCUGACCGGCGAGCCUUUCGUUCAGCGUGAGGAUGAUAGACCAGAGACGCUCAUCGAGAGGCUGAAGGUUUACGAAGCAACCAAACCUGUCCUGGAAUAUUACCGGAAGCAGGGAGUGUUGGAAACACUCUCCGGAACAGAGACCAACGAGAUCUGGCCCUGUAUGCAUGCUCUCCUGCAAACAAAAGUUCCACAAAUAGACCCAAAAGCAUCGGUUAUUCCAUGAGGACACAUGCUGGCUGGCAGUUAGCAAGAUGAACAGAAUCUCUUCUUCUUUUCGUUUACAAGUUCCUUGUUCUAAGUACUCCGCCAUGUACGAAUUCCUUGAAAGUUAUAUUAGUUGCAUUUCUGUGGAUGUUAUUUUGUUAUUUUCUAAGGAUCUGCCAAAUGAGUCUCAUGAUGAAAUUUGUCUUUGGAGAUUUCCUGAUGUGUUUCAUCCAGCUAUGGGGGCGCAAUUCAAAACGUCCAAGCUUAAAAAAUUCUCUUAGAGCAAGAUUAAAAGAGCAAUUGGUAGCAAUAGGACUUUUGUUCAGGAGGAAAAAGUGAUUGGUUUCCUAUUUUUCUGGAA